AUGGGUCAAUAUGGUGGAAUCACUAACAGUAUUGAUAUUAAUGGCUGCGAUAAUAAUCAAACGUGUAAAAUCAGCGCUUAUCACAAUGUGUCAAUCACAAUUGAUUACAUACUUGACCAAGAUAUAUCGGAACCCACUUACAGCGCAAUCCUAACCUGGUCACCUAAACCAGGCAUUGUAAAUGGCGAUAUUUUCACCAUGGCCGCCAACGCCUGCGCCCACACUCCCUGCCCAAUACGUAAAGGUGUGGCCCAAAGGUUGACCAUAAACCCCGCACCCCAUGAGAGUGUAUACACCACUGGCAGUGCUCUCAACGCACUUCUCAAGCUAACCAUCGAAGACAAGGGUCGCACUUAUGCGCUGUGCAGUUACAUGUGCAUAUAUUGCCUUAACAUAUUCCGAUUCUUAAACUAUAAAAUUAUUUCAGGUAGGGCAGAUGGCAAAGAUUGCGGGUCCGACAGACCAAUACUAUUGGGUGUAAUGAUACCCGACAUCAUAGCAAACACGCGUAGAAAUGUGGGUUCAUUACCGCACCGGUAG